AUGUCCUUCCUACUUUGCUCCACACGGGCAUUCACGCCGCUCAUAUCCCGUGCAUUCUCCACAUCCCGCAUCAUGUCCGUCAGAAUCGACUCCGCCUUCCUCAGCCAGAUCACAGCCGCGGAAAAGUCUAUUACAAAUCAAGAUGAGCCCGUAAAAGGCGGCCCAACCGCCGCCGCUCAAUCACACGUCGGCCAGGAACUCACUUCCCAGAUCUUGCACGACAUCACCAUGGGCGAGCGCAAGAUCACCGGCAGCGAUGGCCCAGUCCAGGGCGGGCCGACAAGUGUUGCGCAAAAAAUCCUCACUGGCUCAGGCACCACAUCUGGAGGUGCGAACAACAACAACUCUAAUGGGCAACAUACCGGUCGUCUCGACUCCAGCACCCUGAGCAAAAUCACGGAGAAAGAGAAGGAGAUCACCGGGGCGGAUGGGCCGACGCCUGGUGGGCCGACGGCCAAGGCGCAGCAGCAUGCGAAUGAGCCGAUUACGAGCCAGGCAUUGCAUGAUAUCACGGAGGGUGAGAAGAAGAUUACGGGAGGGGAGAGGGUAAGGGGCGGGCCGACGAGUGCGGCGCAGAGUGAGUUGGGAAAGAGCAGGUCGUAA